CGGUACUACGCCCGUGCCAUCACGUCGUUGUCCGCACUCUGUCUUUGCGCGACCUAUGGAGUUAUCUCUUCUGUCGUGUUGAGGCUUGUCGGAAAGACCUCUAUCGCGCAGUGGGCGACCGGACGGGCGUACUGCAACGUGUUGUGUCCCCUUAUUGGCGUGGACUUCAUCGUGGAUGACGAAAGCAGGAAGAUUCUGGAUGGGACGAGGCCUGCUGUGUUCUUGAGUAACCACCAGACGAGUUUGGAUGUCUUGAUGUUGGCGAGGACAUUCCCCAAGCACUGUUCUGUCACGGCCAAGAAGCAGUUGAAGCACGCCCCUUUCCUCGGCUGGUUCAUGUCACUCUCCCGUACCGUCUUUAUCGACCGUGCCAACAGAAACAACGCCCUUGCGUCUUUCGCCUCGGCUGUCAAGACCAUGAAGGAGAAGAAGCAGAGCGUAUGGAUCUUCCCUGAGGGAACGAGGAGUAACAGCGACAAACCCGAGAUGUUGCCAUUCAAGAAGGGAGCGUUCCAUUUGGCUAUCCAGGCGCAGGUUCCUAUUGUUCCUGUCGUUGUUCAGAACUACGCACACGUUUUCCAUGGAAAGACGCAUACUUUCGAGAGUGGAGAUGUGCAAGUGAAGGUGCUCGACCCCAUCCCGACGGAAGGACUGACCGCCGCAGACGUCGACAGGCUCGUCUUGGAGACCCGCGACAAAAUGGCCGCAGUAUUGAAG